AUCUUCUCAACAUCACACUUCAGCAUCAAUCACAUACCACUCAGAAUUCUUUCAACACUUUUUAUAUUCUCAUUUUAGGGAAAAUCUUCUACAAUUAAACAUUUUUUAGAAGGAAAAACGAGAAAUUACCAACCAUGAAGUUCAGCAAAGCCUCCUACGUCUUCUUCUUCUGCGCCUCCGCCGUGAGCGCAUUGACAUUGCCUCACGGGUCGCGCAUUGUUGCACGUGAUGUCGAAAACGUGCAAGAUGAGUCGCUCGCCAAGCGCGUCCCUCAAGAGGUCGACUUCAAUACGCUUAGCCGCCGUGAGGCCUCAGCUGAGCCAGAAGCCUAUCCUGAGGCAGACCCUGAAGCUUUCUCCGGGGCCCUCUCCAGCCGUGACACCCUCUCCGACGCAAUGGAGGAGAUCAUUGAUUAUCUUCGCGAUAUCCCAACCACCGGACCUCGUGGCAUCGGCGGACCAUCAUCCUGGCCCACAGGUUGGAGCGAUUUGCACGGCGACAACAAGUCUCAAUACGGCGGUCGCUAUGUCUGCCAGGUCCGCAGAAAUGGCAACACCUACCAGGCUCGUGUCGUUGCCCAUGCCAAUCAGGGCAAUAACAUCAGGACGGGCUACGUCUUCAAGGAGACCGAUGUUGAUGAAUGCGUGAACAGGAAGGGUCAGAACGAAGCCCCUGGAUAUGGUCGUGCUAUUCACUUCUUGAGGAAGGCCUUCGGUGGCGAGGACCCACCAGCGGGCUGCUAAAUACUUAUCGUUUCCGCGUUUGGAUGGUUUUGGGAAAGUCAAAGGACUCAACCCCGAAAAACAUUGUUGGUGUAAAGCAGGAGUGUAUAGGAUCGGUUGCAUUGUUGCCCCCGUCGUGUAGGAAGGUCUGGGUGGCCCCAUUCUUUUAGUGCAUAUGCGUUGUUUUUAGUCUCGGCGUCCUAGAAUUAACAAAAUCAACAUUAUCUUGAGAAAAGCAGUCUGCAUUGCUCCUGGCUAUUUUGCUGCCAAACACAUCCGAGUUUUUGCUAAUAUUCCUGUCGCCAACAUCUCCUAGCCGUCACUGUUUUACCUGGGCUUGUUAGUGAGCGUCAUAAUGAAUUGCGAUAG